AGUUAUUUGCAUUCGCGGCGGGAGGUGACAAAAUUUUUUUUUUGCCGUACCAGAAAUGCAUCUUGCAGAUUCGGAUACGGGUGGUAACAUGCGGGAAGCAGACGGAAGAAAUACUGGAGCAGCUAGAGGUUCAAGAAUGAUUUCUCCGGAACAAAAUUCCUCUUCAUCGACUUCUGAAUCGUCAGCUCCGGCCAUCAUCGGAACAACCACAGACUACUCGCCGAACCCAAAGCCACCGCUAGCACUCGAAAAGGAUACGAACAGCACAGCCAGCAGCUACAUUCCAGCAUUCACAGUUACUGUACUCGAGAAUUCCCAGCCCUCUCAGCUGACUUCGAUUUGCCCAUCUGUUGGCCCCGUAGAAUCAACCGUGACUGCAACCGUUCAUCAAGCUUCGCUACCGGCUGCGGCCAUCAUUAUUGGAAGGCAAGUUUCCGGUAGUUCUACCGAAGGCAACAUGCCAUACAGUGGCAACGGGGGAUCCGGUUUCCGUAGCUCCUUUAAUGGACGCGUUCCAUUCGCUCGUAUGCUUUCCAGCAACCCUAGCAGUGAUCGGCGCUCCGGGAAUGCCGGUGCUGAAAUCUAUCCUAUUUCGGCAUCUUCGUCGAUUGCCAGCUAGUGGAUCCAAAAUAAUCCAACUGAAGAAGAAGGUUUUGGUGCAGCUCGCGCUUCGGUGAU